AUGGAGAGUGUAACGGUAUUACCUCUAUUUAACUUUUCUGUAUCGCUUAUAAAGGGUUUUAUAGACAGUCUACGUGGAGUAACAGUACUUUUAUACCUUGACAAAGAAAUAAAUGAACGAGCCCUCAGCCGAUCUCCACAAAUUGAAUCUGAAAAUAACAAACAAAAAAAUGUGAAAGUCAAACAAGAAUCAAAAGUACUGACGAGGGUGUUACAGUCGUGCAUUCUUAAUGGUUUUAUAUUUUUGCUGAGCAUUCUUGUGUUCGAGUAUGCUCUAUUACCAGCGGUGAAGUAUUUAGUGCUGGCUGUCUUCGGUCACGACCCAGGUGUUGCUCACAAUGUAUGGGCUUGGAUGCAGCCUUUCCUUUCUAUGACGUUCAGGAUGAUUUGGGUGCUUCCACUGUUUUUAUUGAGCAAGCUGGUGAAUAGUCUGUGGUUUCAGGACAUAGCGGAUUCGGCGUACAGACACCGGCGCGGUCGGCCGCAAUUUAUGUCUAGCGUCAGCAAAAUCAUUGCCGACUCGCUUUUCAGUUUGCUAGUGCAAGCUUUGUUCCUAGUUCAGAGUAUGGUGGUGAGCAUGCUGCCGAUAGCGUACGUGGGCGAGCUGCUGUGCCUGGUACACAUGUGCCUGUUAUACUCGCUGUACUCGUUCGAGUACAAGUGGUUCAACAUGGGCUGGGAACUGCACAAGCGGCUGACGUUCAUCGAGACUAACUGGCCGUACUUCCUCGGCUUCGGCCUGCCACUCGCUGUACUCACGCAGAUACCAAACUCUUAUAUAAUAAGUGGUUGUGUAUUCUCCAUUUUCUUCCCGGUGUUCAUUUUGAGCGGGAACGAGGCGACCCCUGUCAUUGGAAGUGAAUAUCCGCUAAGGUUGUUCUCACCGGUGGUGGCGCUCUCUAACGGCAUGUUCCGGCUCGCACGACGCACCGCCGAUGUCGACAGGAAGAGCUGA